GUGUAGGUGUGGUGUGGGGGUCGACCUUCCAUUAUAAAUACCGGCAUCCUCCCAUGUUCACUUGUUGCAAUCCUCACUGGAUAUGUACGCAUUGCAAAACAUGAGGAGCAUCGUGUGGCACAUUAUGUUUUUAUCCAUUUCAUUAUUCGACACUGCUGAAGUUCCAAAGCGAUGCUCAGCGCCGCCCCAGUAUCCGUCAACCAGAUUCGACAACAAUUUGGACACCGGACGCAAAUUCGACAGCGGGGAGAAAGUUGACUACAAGUGUGCCGAGGACCUUGUCGCGUACACUGGCAGCCCCUCUGUGAUGUGCGUCAAUGGAACGUGGACCACGCUGACACUCAAAUGCGAAAAGGUUGUCACCAAGUGCCAGUGGGAACCCAAACCCCCCCAGUGUCUCACUCCACCUGCUUGUCAAGGUGGCUGUAGCGCUCCAGCCAAUUUGGACGAGUCUCACGCCAACCUCGCUGACGACUUCAUCAGCAGGACGACUUUUGGCCCUGGUGAGCGAGUCCGGUACACUUGUGACGUCGGCUACAGUCCAGUAGGUGGCAGCAGAUACCGGAGCUGUAGCAGAGGACAAUGGACGCCGCUUCUGCUUAAGUGUGAACGGAAACUGUGUGGCUCUGCUGGGGAGAUUAAAAAUGGUCGCUUCAUGUAUACCGGAGUGCAGUUUGGAGACACUGCUACAGCUCAUUGUGAUGACGGGUUUCAGCUUGUAGGACGGCCAACCAGGAACUGCAUGAGUUUCGGCUGGGACGGCCAUGCUCCCUUUUGUGAAGUGGUGGAGUGUGAAGAGCCUCCAGAGGUGGCCAAUACAGAGCGAAAAGGCACAGAGGAAGCGCCGUACAAGUACAGGAGUGUGGUUGUGUACGAGUGUCGUGCAGGGACCCUGCUGGGGAACAAGGCGAUAUGGUGCACAGAGGACGGCACAUGGAGCACACCUCCUACAUGCAAAGAAAUUACAUGUCCAUCUCCAAAAGUGCCCAACGGCUCCUGGACGCGAGGUCACAUCAGACUUUAUCAACACAGAGACACGAUCGCCAUUGGCUGUCGCCACGGUUACACAGUGGUGGGCACCAGCACGGUCACCUGUGGUGACGAUGGUCAGUGGAUUCCCAGCCUUCCCAAAUGUAGACGCACGUGUAAGUUACCACUCCGGUGGAAAUAUACAAUUAUUAUCGUCAUUACUUUUACUAAACACAUUGAAUUUUUUUCUUUUUUUAGCAUGGCAUACUAAAUGGCAAAGCCAAUAUGCUGUCGGAUAUGGGAUGCUACAUUAGUAAGUCCAGGACCAAACAGAGGAUGGAAAAUUACCUUUGGACCUUAAUACUUUGCUGCCAGGUUAUAACAGCGUUACACACAUUAAACAUGUUUUUAAAAUGAA